UUUGCGAGGACUCCCCCUCCUUUCUACUGAACUCCAGCCCCUCGCGCUCUCUCUAUCAGCCUCUCACUCCGUCUCAAUAUGUCUCAAGAUGGCGGCCAAUGCGGGAUCGAUGUUUCAAUAUUGGAAGCGCUUUGAUUUACAGCAGUUGCAGAGAGAACUGGACGCCACCGCCACAGCCCUGGCCAACAGACAAGAUGAGAGCGAGCAGUCCAGGAAAAAACUCAUCGACCAGAGCCGCGAGUUCAAGAAAAACACACCAGAGGAUGAACGGUGACGUUUAAAACCACUAUUAUCCGGUCUACAAAGGUUAAUCGACGCCGUGAGUAAAAGGAGUAAGGAGUCCGAGGCCGCCUUCCUGAAUGUGUACAAGAGAUUAAUCGAUGUCCCAGAUCCGGUCUCAGCUCUGGAGGCUGCCCAGCAGCUGCAGCUGAAGGUCCAGAAGAUGCACGACAUCGAGACGGAGAACCAGACCCUGCGUGAGACGCUCGAGGGCUACACCAAGGAGAGCGCCGAGGUCAAGAACCACGAGGUGACAAUUAAAGCACUUAAGGAGAAGAUUGAGGAGUAUGAAAGGACACUGAAGAGGCAGACCAAGGAACAGGGCCAGGAGGAGGGAGCCGAGGAGGGAGGAGAAGGAGAACGGAAGGAGGAGGAGGAGGCGGCAAAGGAGGGCGAGGAGAAGCUUCACAACGACCACGCCGAGGAGACGAGUGAGCACCAGGAGAGCAAAGCCUCUGUGGAAUCAAGGCUGGAAGAGACAGAUAUCAAGGCUCAGUCCCUACAGACAGCCCUCGACGCAACUCAGGCUGAGCUUCUGGAUCUGAAGAGCAAGUAUGAUGAGGACACGACAGCAAAGUCCGAUGAGAUCGAGGCGGUGAUGUCAGACUUGGAAAGAGCCAAUCAGAGGGCCGAGCAAGCCGAGAGGGAGGCGGAGGCGCUCCGGGAGCAGCUGACGUCCGCCAACAAGUCCCUGCAGCUCGCCACUCAGAUCCAGAAGGCUCCUGACAUGGUGGGCCCUGGGGAGGUGGAGCUGAACGCCAAGGAGCGCGAGGUGGGCCGGCUGGCGGAGGACGUCCAGCGGCUCCAGGGCCAGCCUGGCCAAUCCGCUGAGAACUCGGCCUCCCAGAUCAGCCUGCUGGAGCAGCAGCUCUGCACCAAGGAGUCCUCGGUCAAGCAACUGGAGGAGAAACUCCAGAAGCAGGCAGACUAUGAAGACGUCAAGAAAGAGCUCAGUGUCCUCAAGUCCAUGGAGUUUCGCUCAACAAACUGCUCCUCGGCGCAGGACACGAAGCCUCUGGAUCUGUUGCUGUUGGAAAAGACUCGGAGCCUGAAGUCUGAGAGUCCCUCUCUGCGCCUGGCUAACAGUGAGCUGAGUGGUGGGACCGGUCGAAAGGUCAAAGAGUCGUCGGAGGGUCAACAGCGUCUUCCCGCCACGUCGAUGGCCACCAACCUGCAGGGUCCCCCCCCCCCUCCCUCGUCCCUCCACCUGCGGACGGGCGCCGGCACGGACCCGGGCCCGGCCGCCGGCGCCGCCAACGGCACCCACCACUUCUCGCCCACGGGCGGCGGCCUGGGCGGCCAGGACUUCUUCGGCUCGUCCUCGCUGGCGUCGGGCACCGCGUUCCCCCUGGCGGGCAAGGUGGCGCUCAACUCCCUGCUCCAGCGGCAGCUCAUGCAGACCUUCUACUCCAAAGCGCUCCAGGACUCCGUCUCCGGCUCGGGCCCCACCCUGCUCUUCUCCCCCGCCCACUACCCCGCCCCCAACUCCCUCUCGUCCAGCCCCCUGCCCCCCCACCAGCAGCCCCAGGGCCAGCACCCGUCGGCUGGGAGCCCCGACGUCAACGGCCUGGCUCCGUCGCCCAGCCAAUCGGAGGGGGCCGGGAGCGCGUCGGAGGGCGAGGACAUGGACACGGCCGAGAUCGCCCGGCAGGUGAAGGAGCAGCUGAUCAAGCACAACAUCGGCCAGAGGAUCUUCGGCCACUACGUCCUGGGGCUGUCCCAGGGGUCGGUCAGCGAGAUCCUGGCUCGGCCCAAGCCCUGGAGCAAGCUGACCAUCCGGGGGAAGGAGCCCUUCCACAAGAUGAGGCAGUUCCUGUCGGACGAGCAGAACAUCCUGGCCCUCCGCAGCAUCCAGGGGAGGCAGAGAGAGAACCCAGGCCAGAACCUGAACAGAGUGUUUCAGGAGGUUCCGAAGCGAAGAACCGGCUCCGAAGGUUCCUCGAGGCCAGGGAACAUCACCACGCGGAUCCGGACCCCCGAAAGCGGCUCGGACGAGGCCAUCAAGUCCAUCCUGGAGCAGGCCAAGAGAGAGCUGCAGGUGCAGAAGGCCGAUGGUGUGGAGGAGCGACAGCGACGAACAGGUUACCCAAGAAGCAUGGGCAACUAUUUCGCAAAAUAUGCACAAAGUCUCAAUUUUGUAGACUCCUCCCAGCCCCCUCCCUCGUCCAGCGGGGCUGGCUCCAUCGGCGGUGGGGGCUCCAGCUCGGACGAGACCAUCCGCUCCAUCCUGGAGCAGGCCCGCCGGGAGAUGGAGGCCCAGCAGGCAGCCCUGGAGCCCAUCCUCAAGGCCUCCUCCAUGGGCCCCUCCGACCUGGCCCUGCUGUCCCCCAAGCUGCUGGGCGCCCCCGGCCUGCCCCCCUCCUACUCCCCCCUGGCCCUCUCCCUCAAGAAGCCCUCCAUCCCGCCUUCCUCUUCGCCUUCCUCCCUCCUGGACUUCCAUUCGGCCAUGGUGAAGAAGGAGGGCGCAGAGGUGGCGGUGGGCGACGGCGGGGGAGGGAUGCUAUUGGACAGCGGGACCAAGCAGGGGCGGGGCUCCUGGAGGGACCAAUGGUGGAGCAGCAUGCACCCGAGCGGGCGGGGCGUGUCGGCGAGCGGGAACGAUGACGCGCGGAGUCAGGAGGACAGCAAGGAGAAGCCUCCCAGGCUGGCCGGCUCCUCCUCGACUGCUGCCCCCUCCUCCUCCUCCCUGGACUACUGGAAGGACUGGCCGCGGGCCGAGUCCCCGUACUCCCAGGCCGGCUCCGAGCCCCAGGGCCCCAGCCGGGCCGACACCCCCCAGAGCAGCCCCUCGCCCCUGGGCUUGGUGUCCGGCCUCGGCCCCUUAGGACCGCUUUUGGCUCCAGGAGCCGGAGCCGCCGCCGCCGGGAAAACGGCCAAGCCGGUGGUGGCGCCACUCACGCCCGAGCAGUACGAGUUCUACAUGUACCAGGAAGUGGAGACGGCCGAGCUGACGCAGCAGGUCAAAGACAAGCUGGCCAAGAAUGGCAUCUGUCAGCGCAUCUUCGGAGAGAAGGUGCUGGGCCUGUCUCAGGGCAGUGUGAGCGACAUGCUGUCUCGACCCAAGCCCUGGAGCAAGUUGACCCAGAAGGGCCGGGAGCCCUUCAUCCGUAUGCAGCUGUGGCUCAACGGAGAGCUGAGCCAGAACGUGCUGCCGUUACAGGGCCAGCCACAAGAAAACACCCCAAAGACCUCUGCCAGCUGCAGCCCCGCCCCGGAGUCGCCCCUGAGCUCGGCCGAGGAGUCCGUCAAGAGCCUGGGCGAGCAGGCGGGCGGGGCGGGCGGGGGAGGGGGGGCCCGCGAGCCCCCCGCCAGGGAGCCCAGCGAGCCGUCCGAGUCGCAGCCCGGCACGCCGCUGCCCGUGCCCGGACACUCGGGCCUCAGCAUCCAGGAGAUGGUGGCCAUGUCGCCGGAGCUGGACACCUACGUCAUCACCAAGAAGGUCAAGGAGGUGCUCACCGACAACAACCUCGGUCAGCGCCUGUUCGGGGAGACCAUCCUGGGAUUGACCCAGGGCUCGGUGUCGGACCUCCUGGCCCGCCCCAAGCCCUGGCACAAGCUCAGCCUCAAGGGCCGGGAGCCCUUCGUCCGCAUGCAGCUGUGGCUGAGCGACCCGCGCAACGUGGAGAAGCUCAUGGACAUGAAGCGCAUGGAGAAGAAAGCCUACAUGAAACGGCGCCACAGCUCAGUGAGCGAGAGCCAGGGCGGCGACGGGGGCCUGUCGGGGGGCGACUUCAGCCAGGGCGGCAGCCCCCAGCACGGGGCCCACCUCCACCCCCACCCCCAGCAGCAGCAGCAGCAGCAGCCCCCCCAGCAGCACCUGAAGAAGCCCCGCGUGGUGCUGGCCCCCGAGGAGAAGGAGGCGCUGAAGAGGGCCUACCAGCAGAAGCCAUACCCCUCCCCCAAGACCAUCGAGGAGCUCGCUUCCCAGCUCAACCUGAAGACCAGCACCGUCAUCAACUGGUUCCACAACUACAGGUCUCGUAUCCGACGGGAGCUGUUCAUCGAGGAGAUCCAGGCGGCGGCCGGCGAGGGCGGCUCUCCGUCCACCAGGGCGGGCAAGGCCAGCGAGGGCGACAGCUGCGACGGCACGGAGUCGGACGGCACGGUGGAGGGCCGCCCCGGCCCGGAGCACGCGGGGGGCGGCGGAGGGGGAGGAGCCUCCGAGGGGGAGGGCGGGCCCGACCACAGGGACGACGGCGGCACGGCCGGCACCGCAGGUACCAGCGGCCACCACAAGGGCGGCGCCCUGGACAGCCUGUUCAGCUUCCCGGACGGCGGCCAUCUUUCCGCCGCCGCCCGCAACCCCCGAGACAGCAGCCUGCGCAAGAAGAAAGCAGCCAACCUAAAUAAUAUCAUCCACCGCCUGGAGAAGGCCGCCAGCAAAGAUGAGCCCCAUGAAUGGGAGUUCUAAUACAGGCCCUCACAGCCCAUACACCUGGGAAGAAAGAGUUGCUAUUUUUCUAGUGCCCUGACUGCACAGUCCAAGGCCAAGCCUGGUGCAGUGCUGCCAGACAAGGAACUGGCGUCUUUUAAGACUUUUUCAUAUCAAAGAGGGUGUCGAGAUUUUUGGGGGAGUUGAAACUAACCGAUGACAGCAACCUGGUUUUGUUUCGGAUGAAUCGAAAGCACUUAAGACAGCCCUGCUGGCCACAGGGCCUGAACACCACCGGCCAAAGGUGCGAAAGAGACGAGAGAGAAUGCGCUACUCACAAAGAAGCGGCACUUCACAGGAGAAAACUGUCUAGAAAAGCAAUUUUGUGUUUUAUUUGUGUUUGUGUGUGUGCGUGUGUGUUUGUGUGUGUUUCCCUUUGAGAGAUUUAUCGCCACCUCAAAGUUUUUCUAACCUUGUUCGCUCAGUGAGUUUUCACCACAUCAAGCAGACUAAACUGUUACAAUGUUCCUCCCCUUUUUUUCCCCUGUUUUCUAUGGGGUUCUACUCCAUUGCAGUUGUUUGACGUUUUCUGUAAGGACUGUCCGAGAGAAAUUACAUCAAAAAGCCAAGCGCUCAGGAACUAGCGCUUGCAAGACAGAGGAACUUACGUCGAACCCAACCUUCCCUUCCGAGCCCCAAAAGUCACCAUCUAAUGGUGAUGGAACUCUUAAUACGCUAUGAACUACAAGGAAUCAACUUUCUUUUUUUUCUCAAAUUCUUUUCUCCUAUGGGAAAGAAAAAAAACAUCACCUUUUAUAGCAAUUUGGUUGCCACUAAGAGAUUGCACAGUCGGUCGACUCUAAACAAUGCUAGUUUUGAUUCCUGAAUAUUUGGAAAAAAGUGAAAAUACUAAUUAUCAAUUGUUGAGAAAAAUGGUGAAGAAAUAUCACUUUAAUUCACAAUUUUCUGCGUUCACCAUAGAAAUGCAACGGUCAUGUCGGGAAAAAGGUAAAAAUCUGAAAAAAUUUGUGGUAGCUGACUUAGUGUUUUCUCGUGAGUGAUCUAGAAGCUCUUUGAAAAGUAGUGCACAUUUCUUUCAUAGCUUUAACCGACUUCUGGAGACGCCAUUUCGGUGACUCCGGCAGUGUUUGUUUAAUACACUCCAUUUUAGGCCAAAAUCAGGUUUGAGAAAAAAACUAAAAAGACAAAGACAAAAAACAAAAACAAAGGUAUACAAGUUUGUGGAAAAGAGAACUCGUGUUCAGUCAAGAUAUUUUUGAAAAGAAAAGAACAGAAUCUGCUUUUUAACCUCUUUAACCACAUAAACCACACUAUUGAGACCUCAGAACUGGGGGCGGGCAGUGGAGCCGAUGGCCUUCACAGACUGGCCCUCGGAGGAGAGGCUUGCGUUUCAUUGGGUGAAAAAGCCAGGAGAUGCACAGCUCACUUUACUGUAUAUUCCAAGCUUCAGGCUCUCUAUCUCUCCACUCUUUACCGGCGGUUGUGUGUAUAUAUGUACAUUGUAAAAAACAAAAGACAAGACGAGAGGAAGUCUGAAGGGAUUCCAGGAGUCCCGGUGUGCGGCGCACUGAGAUGGAGACCGACAGAUAGCCUCGCUCUGUGCGUCCACAGGCAAGACGGGACUGACCACGGACGAGCCUAUCAAACGUCACUUCAUUAAAGCCCUCUGACAUAUAUUCUCCUGGUGCGGCCAUUUUGCGUUACUUCGAUGUCAAGAGAUCAAGUGUACCAAACUGUGCCAAGCAAUAUUAGUACAAUGUUCAAAUCCUGACAUGAACGAUCGGUACCAAAACUAACAUCCAAAGUACUGUCGCGGCAUCUCCAAGCAGUCCUCAUUUGCAAGCUUCCUUGACUACCGUGUGUGACAAGGUUUCUGAUCCAACACUCCUCGUCUGAUCAGGAGCACCAGUCGCCUCCCCUUUCACCCAUCACUCUUGACAAGCCCAGGGGGGGGAAUAUAUCUCAGAGGAAAAGGAAGAUCACUUGACACGGGUCAAUGGAAGAAACCAAGAGAAUAGUUUUAUACGGCCCCACCUCCCCUAUCCCACCCGAGACAUACUAGCAUCGUAGACCCUGCCCUGCACACAGCGCCAAACCCCCCCCCCCCCACCACCACCACCUCUCCCCCUCUCUUUCCUCUCCUCCUAUGCCACAAGCUCACAGUGCCUGCCUUCCCACUGCCUCUUUCCCGUGUGUUUGUGUAUGUGUGUAUGUCAACGCACGCACACGCGUACAAAAAAAAGGACGAAAGCGCACGCCGACGGCGCGUGCGCGAUUCACUUUUGUAUGCACGUACCCAUAAGGAGGGGGGGGGGGGGGCGUCGCGGCGUGAGCUCGGACUCGCCCCGCUCCGCCGCACGCGCGCCCCCUUUGCGCGAGUGUGUCUGUGUGUUUUUCUAAGUCUGCGUGACUUUGAUUUGUACAUACCUGCGCGCACGUGACGUGCACAACUGCCACCCCCCCGUUCUCUCUCGUUUCAGCUGGUUUCUCAGUUAUGGCUUUUGGCGUAGCAGUCUCACAAUACAGUAGGGCCACUGUAUUGCCAUAUAUUAAAAAAAGACUCACAGUAGAUAUCUUCAACAUAGACUUUUUUUUGUUUUGUUUUUUCUGCUUAUUUAUAGGUGCUGUAUUUCACAUUUAUACGUCUUAUUUUAAUAUCUGUUUUUUUAUGAUAUUGUUGUAUGGAAGGGACUAUAAGGGGGUCGUGUUACAAUAUUGUUUUGUUUUUGUUUUAUAGACUGAUAGACUGCCGGCAGUAUUGGGUUAUGCGUACGAGAUGUAGUUGUCAUACAUGUAUAUUAGUGAUCUUUGAAGAUGUUUUGACAGUGUCAUGAAUAUGGUUUUAUCUGAAACGAGAGCAAUGUAAUGACAUGUCAAUAAGGAUUGCGUCAUGGUGCAUUCACCGUUCAUUAUUUAGAUUUGUUUUUAUUUUUCUUACAUUACUUGUAUGUCUGGAAAGUAUGUAUUUUCCAGGAGUAUAGAUCACAUUUGCAAGCGGCAAUGACAGCAAGCCAAUAUUGUCACAGUUUUCAACCUACUCUUUCAGUUCACACCGUGCACCACAGGGAUGUUGGAUCCAGAGACUGUUAUUGGUGAGGUAGCAUCCGUGAGAUAGCAUCUGCAGGCUUGGGACUUCCUAUUGGCAUCACCUCAGAAUCACCCCUUAUAACAGUAUUCACCUUUAUGCAAUAACGUUGUCACAUUUCAAUAUUGUGAAUAAGUAAUGAUAGGAUCGUACUGUAAGACAAGCGCAAAUUUACAAUGGCUGCGGACAACUUUUUGUGGACCGACCAACAGAGCGAUUUAUUGAGAUGCUGGUGGCAGGUAACAAGUGUGAACGUGACGCAACCGUGUUUAUCUGUGGGCCCGGCGUGUGUUAGGUUCUUUACCUGGACUGAUAUGGGCAACAUGUGACUGCACAAGGCUAGCUAGUUAUUUGAAAACAUAAGCUAUAAACUUCCAUGCACCUCCAAAAGGAAGAACCUAUUUCAUAUUUUGUUCAUUUCCAUGGCAUCACUUUCAUAUUAGAUUUUUCUAAAUGUAUUGAAACUGUAACGGCGUAACUACAACAAAAGAAUAUUGUAAGAUUUUUGACCUGAUGCAAAUUUCGAAUGCGGUCAACUUCAAGUAUAUUUGGCACUGUAAAUUCAUCCUGGGGCUUUUCUCUUAACAAUAACAGAGUUAUGGUGUUGAAAGCACAAAGCACUACUGACCAAAAACCCUUAAAAAGGGGUCAAAGUAACUGCAUGCCCCAAUUUAGCCUAUUCUGACCUUUAGAGAUCAUGUAACUAAGAGAUUAUUGGCAAAUAGCAGAAGUAGACGUUCUUGCCAAUUUGCUGCACAAUAAAUGGUAGCCCAUUGGGAGCCAUGAUAGUUUGCCUGGUUUUCUGGAUCGACGAUGCCUGCCAUUCGACUGCUCCUCCUUCAGCAAGGCUUGGAGGGAUUAAAUCCCUUCUGGAGGGCAGUGGAGUGGGCACAGUACCAGAAACCACUGCAUACCGGCCUGGUUUCAAACCAGGCUCCCGCAAGUGCCACAUUGCCAGCUUGGCAAAGCCACAGCAGUCACGCUUAGCUGGUUCCGAUUUUGUACCGAAACGGAUGGUCAAAUUAGAUCAUUAGAAUUGUUAAUCACAUAAAAGCACAAGUUCUGCAACUGUUUUGUUUAAGCAUAACAGGUUUUGUUUAAGUAGUUGUUUUGACAAGUGAAACGUAAAUUUACUACCCCAAAAUACUACCUUUCAAAAAAGGCUUAGAUUAUUCAGCAUCAUUAAGCUGACUUGUCAGUUUAGCACUUAUUGGUCUGUGAGUUUUUAAUCUCAAGACCACCUCUUAUUCCUAUAGGAGUGCCUUUGCCUUAAAUGAUCCAAGUAUCGAUAUUGUAAAGUUUUUGUUGCCCAUAAUAAUUGAAUGCAGUAAAGCUGUCUCGGGUCUGUUGGACUGUGGUCUCGCGUCCAUCCCAUCUUCCUUUUAAUGUCCAUCUCCUCUUGGGAGAGCCGUGUGCAGUCAUUACAUGGAAGCGACAUUACGUGUUGUUUUAGUCCGCCACUCCCGAAGGUUUUAGUCAGCCGCGCCUUUUGUCAGGAAAAUGCUCAAGAGGUGAUGCCAAUACAGUCCGUUAAACGCCCCAGAUAUGAACUUCCGUGUGUGGUAGGGCGUCCCUCUUAUCCUUUUUGUUGUUACAGUAUGAUGGACUUGUGGAAGGCAUUUUUAAAACACAAAGAGACAUUUCUUUACGAUCGAGCACCAUCAACCUCCCAUCUUUUAUUCCCUUUUCACAGGUCAAUUUGUUUCGUGUUGGAGUAUCGUUCCAUUUAAGGGGGGGGGGGGGGGGGGGGGGUUGUGCACUCUGAGCUAAAGAAAGUCACCCUGCUAGAAGUAGAAACCAAAGUGAUUGAAUGAGUUUGUACCAUUUCCCCCAUUAUCAAAUUGUCCUUGUGUCAUUGGAUGUAGUCAUGUGACCGUCUCCCCCACCUCAUUGUCCCCAUGCAAUAGGUUAAUUUCACACAGAACAUUGGUCAUUGUCCUUGUUAUACUGUAGGUGUGCUUCACAUAUGACAUUAGGUUGUUGGACUUGUUACUUGAGGCAACAGUAGUAUGGGAGAAACCAGACUAGUCAAGACGUAAUAUCCCACAGAAGCGAUACCCAGUCUAACAAAAGGACCAAAUCAGGCUUGAACAUGUCUGACAGUUACUAGUACAGUCUAGCACCUGUUCAAGUAGAGGUCAUAAAGAACAGCCUGUGUUUAUAAGAUGAUGUACUGCAUUAAACAGGUUGGGAUCGAUCCUAUAUUCUUUGCUCUUAUUCAUACGGCAUGUAUAUUUCUGCCAUUGACAGGGAAAGGUUAUCUUUAGUGUUGGUCACUUUUUUUUUUUUUUUGUAGCUACAAAGUUGUCUGUAGUUUUCUGAAAAGAACGGGUAAGAUAUCAUGAAGAACUAGGGGACAGGAUUUCACAGACAAGUCCUGGAGCAAGCACCCAAAGCUACACUGGUUUAUACAAAGGGCAUUUUGCAUGUUUGUGCCGUUUUUGUGCUUCUGUUCCCUUGUGUGUUUUCUGUUGUUAAUAAGAAAAAACCCAGGAUUUUUUUGGUGGAGUCUGGUGUUCAGUCAAACAGUGUACAAUUUGUUGCGGAAUCCAUGUGAUUCUUUUGGAUGAAUUUCAGGAAUUUGCCCUUUGCAAAUAUUUUUCUAUAGAAUUUAGCAGAUUGCUAUCAAUAUUAUAUACACUGUCAUAUAAAAUUGUACAGAUUAAUUAUAUCCUUAUAGCAAGUUGUUAAGCAUUACUAUGGGUUUUGUUUUAUGUUUAUUACUGUCGAAGUAUUGGUAGUUCUCUGUGGAGUGGGUUUGUUUAGCUCUGUUUUUCCCUUGUCAGAAUUAUGAAAACCUCCCACUUCUGCAAUGGUACUUGGUUACCUGCAGAACGAUUAGCAUUAGACAGCGCUUGUCUCAUGGUGUUUGUGUAUCACGGAUUCACAUUUCUCGUAUGACCCUCAAAUCAUUUCAUUUUUUUCCUUAAGUUAUUUGUAAAACCAACGUUUAUCACCGUACAAAUGAAGACCAAUGCCUUGAUUCUUGUAUCGUAUGAUGACACAUAUCGAGCCCCAUUCUCUUUGUGUUUUUACACUCAUUUUGCCUUUUUUGAUUUUGCUUUUCCAGUGUCAAAAGUCACGAGUAGUGUCACAAGGUUUUUGACAAUGUUUGCCAAAAGUUUGAUGCAAAUUUGGAUUUUUUCCUUUCAUUGGUUUGCCUUCCAGUUUAAAGUGAAGAUUGAAUUUAACAUUUUAUGUUCCUUUUUUUUCUAUCAAGUCUCAGAAGUCGGUCAGGGAUUGACAAUUUGUUUGGGUUAUUGGGGAGAUCAGACAGGUGAUCGAGGAGAUCAGACAUUUGACAUUGUCAACUGAAUUACUCAUGAUCAUGGCAAAGGUUGACUUGAGGUUGAGGUGGGUUGUCAUACGGCAUUUCUCUUCAUACGUAGUGAAGUUUCUCAGAAGUGGGUUAGAAACCAGCUCAGCGAUUCAUGAACUACAUCUGAGUGUGAUUUUGAGCAGUCAGUGAAGGUUGCCUGAACUCCGUCUCCCACAACCCCUUGCUGCUACUGGAUCUAGUGGUGUGUUCAGUGAUAUAAGAGCAGAAUGACGCCCUGUCAGGUAGCCUCAGCUCUGCUCAGUGUCUCCAUUACUCAUUCAUAGUCACACAUUUUAGGAACCAUUUUCAAAUUUGACAAACACAAGAUUGUUUCUAACUUUGUUUGGCCAUAACUUGGUACUUUGUCAGAAUCAGUGAUCUUUGUUGUCAGGCUGUCCUAGACGAUGACUCCAUAAAGAACAAAGCUAGCUAUACCUGCCAAGACGUUGGCUCCUCACCUUUACUACUCUUCUACCAGGUUUAUAAGCAACCUUCGCAAGAGGUAUAUUUUUCAGCAGAUGAUUUCAAAUUUGGUACACUACUUUGUCAAGCCUAAGGGAAUUUUGACUGUGUGUGUGUGUGUGCGUGUGUGUGAGUGUUAGGAGUUGGAUGAGGAUGGUUUCAUUUGCCCCACCCUCAGUCAACCUGAUAAGUGCCAGAGGUCUCCAGCCCUGUUCUCAGUCACACAUCUGAUUUUCAGUUUGUUGGAUCUACUGUAAAUGUUAAAUUGCUGUUUGGUUCCCUUUCCUUUCUGUGUAUAAAGUAUCUAAAUAUACAUAGGUUACAAACUGUCAUAUCAGUAUCAGAACUUGAGAAUGCCUGUUACAAUAGACACUGUAGAUUUUCGGAAAUAAUUGAGACUAACAUGAUUUACUUUUUGCUUUUUAAAUGGAUAAGAGAAGAUUUUAUACCAAAUAUUAGUCAAUUCUUUUUUCACAGGUGGAAAUACCAUUUUUUGUCCCUUGAAUAAUAAGUUUAUUGCUGAGCUCUUUUUGGCCUACGCCAGUGUGUUCAGAGACCUUCGUUGUACAGAUAUAGCUUCCAUAUACAUUUUUAUUUGUGCGAUUCCUCAUGAAGGUUGUGUGAUUUGUGUUAACCAGACUUCACAUUGAAGUUAACAAUGUUACGAAAAGAAAAAUCCCUUCAACCAAAAAAGUGUCUUUUUCAACGCAAGUGGCACUUCUAACCUAAGAGUUUCAGAAUAAUUCACAUUUCUUCAGACACGUCAUUUUAAAUCAUGGAUUUAACGUGGGCAAAUGAGAAACAUUGUCCAGUGGGGGGGUUUCAGGCACUCUUAAAAUGUUGCGUGUGUUUUUGUGUUGAACGAGUUUCUCGCAGUUUUAAGGGCUGCAAUUCUUUCUUUCAUUUAAGUGUGCGUAACCUUUUCUUUUUUACUGACUGCUUUGAAAGUGAGGAACCCUCCCACCAUCUCAGCUGGUUUAGUUGUGUAUCUCAAAGCUCAGGUGGAAACUACUUUUAGCGGAGUCCUUGUGUCACUAUCGCCAUUGGCAACCCCCCACCUCCUCAGUCGAGAGCGAGGUAUGAUUGGUUGCCGUCCGCUGUUCUAUUUUUCUAUUCAGCAGUUGUAGGCCUCAUGAUCAUUGGCAAAGAGAGGUUGAUUCUUCCCUCACAGAGAAAGAAAAUAAGAAAACCUCCUUCAGUUGGUUCUCCUGUUUGUUUGUUUUUGUUUUGUUUUUUUACUUUAAUCUGGUUCCUUUCAAUUUUUGGUCAUUUUAAGUCAUGUAGUCUGUUCUCAGCACUGUAAGACAGUCCCUAUACAAUAUGGAGAAGCAAUAUCACUGUAUGAAACUCACAAUGUAUUAUUGUUCUUAUUAUUAUUGUUAUUAUUAUUCACUAGCACCCUAGGUGUGAUAAUUGAAGUAAAUAUCUUUUAUACAAACACAAAA